GUGACAUCUUACGCAGAGCGCUCUCUGCGCGUCGCAAUGCUUUACUCAUGCCGGACGCGCUCGAAGGUUCGUCCUUCUGCGCUUUGGAAUAUCUUUCAUCUCAAUCGCAUCCUGUCGACCCGCAUUGGUACCAGCUCCCUCGACAUCGCGUCAACCGGUGCUAACUUCGUGCAUCCAUCGCAGCCGCACUCAGGCGUUGCACGCUCUCACAUCCGCACGGCAUGGUUGCUUGUCACCUGCAAUACGCCCAUCACUUCUGAGCUUAACCUCGCCACCGCAAGGGGAAGAGGCGAGAGAGAGAAGAGGUUUUGUGGGAAGGUCACUGGGAGGAAGUCGAGCAACCUUCUGAGCUCCAUGCGCUGAUGUGCUUUGCCCACUCCCACUAUUCCCCACCCUCCCGACUCACCAGCAACUGUCUCGUCGCGUUCGUCAUCACGGCACUCGUUGGCUCGACACCUCCACUUCGUCCUCACCAAUCCUUGAACUACCAAUAUAUAUACUCGAGUACAAGUCUAUGAUCUCUGCAAUAAACAUCUAGUCGACGGAAUAAUCACGAAUACCGUUUGCGUGCAAGUGUUUCCGAAUCGCCUCUUCGGACACACGGACGCGUUUGCUUCCCGGUACAUCAGGGUGGGCACAGCUGCAGCGCUGACGAUUUGCAACCCCGGCACAGAUCGCACGUUUUGGGCACAUUUGAGCUAUGCAUCGCGCGCAACGCUUCCUCGACCGGCCACUGCUUGAACCAGCAACCACGUUCCCCGUCACCAGCUCGAAAGCACCUUCUCUAAACGACAUUUGCUGUUGGACGACAUGUACGGGCUGCGCCGGCGGGGGCGGGGGCGCCGGGGGCUGCGCUGGCGGGGGCGGAGGCUGUUCAAAUGCGAUGGUAGCUGGGUCAGGACCUGUUGGCUCGUCGACAUCCAUGGGAUCGUCCUGUGAGUCUGUGCCGUUUGGGUCUGGAUGAGAGGGGUCCUGAUUGGCGGAUGCGGACUGCUCAGUUUUGCGCACUGGCAUGCUCUGUCUCGAGAGCGAGCUGCUCAACUGUGGGAUUAAUCGUCAGUUUAUCAAGCAGAUUCUGAAUUCACCGGCCAUACCUGUCUUUUCGGUAUCAUCGACGGUGCUCGAGAGCGGAAGAGCAGUGAGGGGCCAGAGCAUUGUCACCCAUGAAGAGGGUUGUCCGCUCCAACUUCCAGAGUAUCACCUUCUUGUGAUGCGCCUCCAGUUGGCUGGGAUGCUUCACCGUUGAAUGACCACGCGACGGAGUUAUAAUCAAUUGCUUUAUAGGCCUCAUGAGGAGGAUACUGCUGGCGAGUCUUCUUCUUGUGCUUCGGAUUCUUGAUCUCCUCGUUGAAAUAGAUGAACUCUGCAUGAGUUAUGACGGGGGUAACAGGAUACAAUGUCUGCAGCCGGGUUUGGAGAUGCAGAUACACAUUUGUGCGGCGCGUGAAUAGGCGCAUGAGUGCAUGGACGGGAAGAUCAUGGUAUUCGGGGACACCUUCGACACGAACAUUGGGCAGCGUCACAAUUCCCAGGUCUGCAGCCAGUGAUUUGUCGAAAGGCACAAUGCCAGAUGUCUCCGAGGUAGCGAUUCGAGUGGAAAGGAUGGCGGGAGGCUUGAAUGAGGGGUCGACAUUGAGAUGCGAGGCAAUCUCAACGGUUUCGUCUGUGACCCACAGAUCAUAAUGCGAGCGGAACUUGGUACCGGUGCGGUUAUGGUGUCCAACCUAGAGGGAUCAAAAAUCAAAUUCUUGAUAUGGAGACUCGAA